CUCGAAUUGCAUACGCAUAUUGUCGUCUUCCUUUACUCUGCACAGUUUUACCAAACGCCCUAUAUAAACGGCCUUUGGGUUUCACUGACAUCCCAACCCAAUUCUCCACUGGUCCUUCUCUCCAAGUCACUCAGUGACUGUGACCCAGUCCUCUCUCUCCUCUGGAGCUCCGAUUCUCUCUCAGGUUACUGCUAUUUAAGUACGGUGGAAAUGGGGAGUUUGGAGAUGGAUCACAGCUCUGAAGAGGAUACAGAUAUGAGUGACUCAGAGUUGGAUGAGGAGGUAGAGCAAUAUCUUGGAGAGCUGAAAAAUGGGAAGCACAGGGUGAAAGGUGCGGACGGGGUAUUUAUGUGCCCCUUCUGUCAGAGGAAGAGGAAGCGGGAUUUUAAUUUAAAGGACCUGCUCCAACAUGCCUCUGGAGUGGGGAAGAGUAAUUCAGACAAGAGAAGCACAGACGAGAAGGCCAAGCACUUGGCUUUGUCAAAAUAUUUGGAAAAUGAUCUAAUAGCUGAAGGUGGUCCAUCAAAACCUGCGGCUGAGGAUGAACCCCCAGUCGAUUGUGACCAUGAUGAAAAGUUAGUGUGGCCUUGGAUAGGAGUGGUGGCUAAUAUCCCAACCACACGAGCAAAAGAUGGACGAUUCGUAGGAGAAAGUGGAUCCAAGCUGAGGGAUGAGUAUAUAAGGAGAGGGUACAAUCCCACUAGAGUUAUUCCUCUAUGGAAUUUUAGGGGUCACUCAGGAAACGCUGUUGUGGAAUUUAAGAAAGAUUGGCCUGGCUACGCCAAUGCCAUGGCUUUUGAGAGGGCUCAUGAGGCAGAUCGUCAUGGAAAAAAGGAUUGGUUUGCUGAUGGUGACCAUAAAUCUGGUCUUUAUGCUUGGGUGGCACGCUCUGAUGACUAUAAAGCCAACAAUAUUGUUGGAGAGCAUCUCCGUAAGAUUGGGGACCUCAAAUCUAUUUCUGAGAUUAUGGAGGAAGAUGCCAGGAAGCAGGAUAGUCUAGUAUCUAAUCUGACUAGUAUUAUUGAGGUCAAGAACAAAGAUUUGGAAGAGAUGGAGCUGAAAUGCAAUGAAACUACAAAUGCCAUUAAGAACGUAAUCACUGAGAAAGAUAAGCUCAUACAGACUUACAAUGAAGAUAUAAAGAAGAUUCAAGUAAGUGCACAGGAUCACUUUAAGAGGAUUUUUAAUGACCACCAAAAACUCAAGUUGCAGUUGGAAUCCCAAAAGAAAGAGCUUGAAUCGCGCAUAGAACAAAUGGAGAAGCGUGCUGUGGAUAACGAAAGUGAAAGUAGAAAGCUUGCUGAGGAGCUUGAAAAGAAUUCUGUGAAAAAUAGCUCUCUUCAAUUGGCUGCUGCAGAGCAAGUGAAAGCUAAUGAUAAAUUAUUGAAACUGGCAGAAGAUCAGAAGAGGGAAAAGGAGGAGCUCCAUAAGAAAAUAAUUAAGCUAGAGAAGGACCUGGAUACAAAACAAGCUCUUGAAUUACAAAUUGAGCAACUAAGAGGGAAUGUAAAUGUUGUAAGGAGCAUGGGAGAUGAUGGUGAUGCUGAAGUUCUGGAAAAGGUGGACAAAAUGCUGAAAGGUUUGAGUGAAAAGGAAAAUGAACUUGAAGAUUUAGAAGCUUUAAAUCAAACUCUAAUCGUAAAGGAGCGUAAGAGCAAUGACGAACUGCAGGAGGCUCGUAAGGAACUGAUAAAUGGGUUGAAAGAGAUAGAUAUGUCCAGUAAAGCUCAACUUGGUAUCAAAAGAAUGGGAGAGCUCGACAGUAAACCGUUCCAAGAAGCAAUGAGGAGAAAGUAUAAGUAUAAUGUGGAAGAAGCAGAAGAUAAAGCCACAGAGCUUUGCUGUUUGUGGGAGGAAUACCUUAAGCAACCAGAAUGGCAUCCUUUUAAGGUUGUUGAAGGCAUAGGAAAAGCCAAGGAAAUUAUCGAUGAAGAUGAUGAGAGGUUGAAACGUUUGAAGAAUGAAUUGGGUGAUGAUGCAUAUAACGCUGUAACAUCAGCUUUAAUGGAGAUAAAUCAAUACAACCCCAGUGGGAGUUAUAUAACUUCAGAAUUGUGGCACUAUGGUCUCGGACGAAAGGCUACACUGAAGGAGGGAGCUGCCUUUAUUCUGAAGAUAUUGAAACAAAAGAAACCGCGAUUGGAUAUGGACUAAAGGGGCUGAAUAAGGCGAGCUAGAUAAAUUCUUCCGACUCAGAUGACUGAGUUAACUCUUCCAGCCUAUGUCCUGUCCUAGGGUCUCCCCGCAUCAAUCUUGAUCUCCAGCAGAGUGUUAUUUCCUUUGAAAUAAGAAGUAUUCAUUUGUUUAGUGGAUGAACUUAUCUUUAUUCUCUAGUUUUAAUAAAACCUUAUUUGGGACAGUGCUGAAUCCAUAUGGGCGUCACAGUGGUUCCUAAGUCCCAGCCUCCUCUUAGCCUCCAUGGAAACCAUUCAUUUUCACAAGUAUAAAAGUUUGGUUUCUGAGGAAUUCCCAUUUCCAUUUCGGUUGUAUCAGUAUGCGUGCUAAUGAAUAAUCGCUUUGUAAGAUCUCUCAAAUCCUCCAUCUGUUACUACAUGUCAUGAAUAUAUCAGAAUCUGGAAUAUCUGC